AUUAGUAAAUCAAACCAUGAUAUGGUCAAAAUGUUAAGCAGCAGCCGGCAUCAGGUUGAUGAAGGGACCGUAACUGGGUGGGGAACUGGAUCCGGAGUCAAGUCUGGUCAAGCUCCAGCCGAUGCAGGUUUUUCCCAACCACCGGGCCUGCCACUCAAUCCAAUGGGUCGAGUUGGGCUCUUUGGCAAGGGUCUACUGCCCCGUUGGGGACCAAAUCACGCCGUCUUGCUGGGCAUCACCAGAGCAUUGAACAGGACCAGCUGGGUCCUGGAAACUGAAAGCUCUUCUGAGGCCCUCUCGAUUGGUCUACAGCUGGUCGCCUUGGAACGCAAAGGCUCGAUUUGCCUGCCUUGGGUGAGCCAGUCUUGCAGCCCGUUGAUGUGA